AUGACUGGGUUAGAAUUAUUGUUACUUAUAAGCCUUCAUGCUUACACACUGGUUUGUUGUGUGGAUUAUAAUGUGUUGUUGUCCUACCCAAUGACAAAUCCUCCAGGAAUGUUAAAUGGCAAAGAAGGAAUCGCCGCAGCCUACAUGAUCGGUUUCGACGAUAUCAACGCCGACCCCAAUAUGUUACCGGGCGACCGUCUGACCUACGAAAUAUUAGAGACGAACUGCCGUCUAGCGCCGACUCUAGCGAAUAUCGUCGAUCUUGUCUAUCCAGGAAACUACACGGCUCUGAUCGGGCCUACAUGUAACGAAGAGGCGGAACCUAUAGCCUCGUUGUCCGCACACUGGGAUUUGCCGUAUAUGUGUGCUGGGUGUACCGAUGAAAUGUACAGCUGGAAGAACUAUUUCGGUUGGCCAACCAUGAUACGUACGCUAGGUGACUUCAAAUCCGUUGGUGAUAUCGCAGUUGAGGUAUUCGAAUCUUUUGGUUGGAGUAGGAUAGGGUACAUCAUGGAAAGUAACGUUCUUUUUCUGGCAGCCGUGGAGGGCAUCAAUAUUACUGCUGAAGAGCACAACUUCACAGUCGGAAGAUUUGAAUCUUACACCAGGCAAUCCAGUGACGAAGAAAUGCUACAACUCAUGAAAACAGUGUCUUCUUACGCCAGAACCCUAUCGUCCAACCAGAUUCGCGCAUUCGCCGGUUCAGCUUUUGCGUUGGCGCCGAUUUUUCAGGUUGUCUAA